AUGGCAACUCCACAGGCCACCGACUACGAGCUGCUAACGGAGCACCUCGGCUACCCGCCCGUCGCCCUCCUCGACGACAUCAUCAACACCGUCAACGUCCUCGCCGACCGCGCCCUGGACUCGGUCGAGCGCCUCCUCCUCUCCAUCCCGCCCCAGAGCCUCGGCUUCAAGAACCCGUCUGCCAGUUCCCGCUCCAAAGAUGCCGCCGCCGCCCUGCCGCCCGACGAGGCCGCGCGCCUCGAGAUUGAAAACGGUACACACCAGCUCGAGACGCUCCUCAACGCUGCUAUCGACAAGAACUUUGAUUUGUUCGAGCUCUACACCAUGAACAACAUCCUCAAGGUCCGCCCUGACGACCAGCCUUUCAUGCGCCUCGCCCACUACGACGGCCUCGACUUCGCCGCCAACUCGCCAGACGCUCCGACGCCCGACUCCGUCACGGCCCUGCGCCGCCGCCUACACGCCAGCCAGCGCCUGCACGCCGUCCUUGAGACCGAACGCUCUCGAAACGACGCCCUCCUGUCGAAGCUCCGCUCUUCUCUCGGCCUGCCCGCGAACGUGCCGGCCAACAGCGCCGUAAAGGCCGAAGAGGCGCCACCGUCCAGCGCCGCCGACACCCCCUUUGGCUUCCUGCGCGACCGGGCGGGUCUCGAGGACGCCGGCGCCGACACGCCCAUCGCGACGACGACCGAGUUUACUCUCUCACAGCUACAAGCCCUACGCGCGCUGUCCACGUCACUGCGCACUCUGCUACCCGACCUAGGCCCCGAAGACGCCGAGACACCGGAACCCGACACCGCGCCCAAGAGCUGGCGGCGCGAUCGCGUCAAUUAUGUCGAGGCUGCGUCGCGCAAGUACCUGGAGAACUCACGGGGCCUGGAGCUCGGCGCGCAGGGUGAGGUGCGUGACGGCGAGUGGCAGGGCGAAGGCCGCAAGGUGACGCGGAACGAAGUCGAGGGCUUAGAGCAGGUUGCUUCGAUGCUUAGCAAAGAGAAGCCCGGACAGCCUUCAAAACAGGGCUCAAGCGCCAAUGGAGGAGGCGAGGCGAUGGAUGAGUCUUAG